AAAAUCAACUUUUAUGUUUUGACUUGCGCAAGUUGAUCAUAAAAUACCUUAAAUUGACUUAAAUUGAUAAACUUAAGGCAAGUUUUUUAACAAAUGAAAAUGAGUGGAUCUCAAUUCUUAGAAACGCUACAACAAUUGGGUUACCCAGGGGCUGAAAAACUUGAUCCACAGAUGUUUGAUUGGUUAUUUGAACAAGAAAAUAUUGUGCCAUUUUUACAUUGGUUUUCUAACAAUGUACAUUCUAACAAUGUUUUGUCUGCUUCUGACAGAAAUGAAUAUGAUGAAUUAGAAAAGUGUAAUGAAGGGAUAUUAGAAGGGAGACAACUUGAAGAUGCUCUGAAUAAUCUAACUGUUAACAAUAGAGAUGCUGAUAUUACUGAAGAAUCAUUAAGUGAAGAUAUUACUAGGUUAAAUAGUGAGUUAGAAGACAAUAAAGAAAAGAAACAAAUGUUAAUACAAAGAAGGAAUCGUUUAAGUUUACAUCAUACUAGUGUGAGUCACAAAUUGACUAAACUAACACCAUUAGAGUCAUAUGGCAGAAAGGAACAUAAGAAACGAUUGGAACAGAUUCAAACAGAUAAUAAUAAGGUAAAUGAAAGUAUGGAGAAGUUAGUAGAUUCAGUAAAAGAAGUAACUUCUCUUUAUGACAACACAGAUCCUAGUCAAACAAAAGAUAUCAUGUUCUUAUCUCAAGCCAAAUUAGAUGAUUAUUUUAAUGCUGAAGAAAAAUAUACUCAAGAACUCACUUCUUUUACAAGAAAGCAAUUCUUUGAGAAUAUUGGAAGAAUGACUGGAGAAAAUGAUGGAUCAAGAUUUGAAUUAUUAGAUGUUAAAGAUCCAGAAAUGUUAUUAAUACAUGGUGAAAGUGAUGAAAAUGUUUUCCAAGAUUGUAAAGAAUUAACUAGAUUACAAAAUGUAUAUAACCGAAGUGAAAGUGACAAGAUUCUGGCAAUUCUUGAAGAUAAAGGUGUUAAAGGAGCAUUAAAUUCAGCUGAUGAUUUAUUAAGUUGUUUACAAUCUGGUCGGUUUCCAGUGGAUACCAAUAAACUUAGUACUCAACUACAAGAAGCUCAGUCUAGUUUACAAAAUGUACGCAGAGAUUUACAUAAUGCAAAGGAAGGUGAUUUGCCACUAUUAGUAAAAGAGUUAGUUCCCUUACAAGGCAAUCCUAUUUUAACUGGGGAUUAUAAUCUAAAACUGGCUCGACAAGAUUACUUCACUUCUAAUCAGGAUAAGCUUAUAAAUCUGUUGAUAAGUCAGAAAGCUCGAUAUGAAUUUUUGACCAUUGCUUAUGAAGUGGAGGCUAGACACCAUCGUGAUAUUCAUAGACAUUUAACAGCAGUAAGGCUUCAACUUCAAAGUCAUCUGAAAGAAUGGAAAAAUAGAAUGGACAAUAAUGGUAUUAAUAUUACUCCAACAAAUACAGGUUUUACCUCUCCUGUUGCAACGGAGGGAAUUUCUAAAGAUUAUCUAGAAAGCGAGUUGAUUAAAUUCAAAUCUGAAAUAAAGAAUUUAUUUACGGAGGUUAUUAGCUCUACUGUACAUGAUGUAAGCGACAGGAAAAGGAAAAUUGCUGCUGAUCAUCACAACAAACAUGGCGCUGCCCAUGAAAUGUCAGACGGGGAACUUUCCGAAGAUUCGGUGGUUUCUAACAGAGCCGUACUCACCCAAAGUCGCUUCAAAAUACCUUGUAUGGAUCAAGAACAAGGAGAGGUCGAAGAUGAUGACAAUGUUAUUGAUCAAAUUGACAAUUUGUUGAACAAUAUAGACGGUAACUCUAAUGAUGAAGAGGGUCUUGCUGAAGAUUUUGUAAAUGAUUUGUUUGAGGAGUAUUCCUUUGAUGAUAAAUCUGGGAAAGAGGUUCUGCCCAAAUUAGCUAAAAUUAUUGAUAAUCUCUUUGGACCAGCCCCGGCCGCUAGUGCCAAGGCAGAAACAGCAAUGACUUAA